UUUAUUUGUAGGUAACAGGUCGAUACUCAAUAUAUUCUGACCGUCAAAAUAUACAUUAAGUUCUAUUUAUUAGUUCACCGUUCAGAAAAUUGGUAAUUUUGUUCAUUGUAAUUAGGCACUAGCAUUGGUCAUUAGUACGCAGUUAGUGCUCCGCCGUAUAUUCGAGUAUAUUUUGCUUAGUUGCAGUCAUGGAUCCCGCAGAGGUUUUAAUGGAAGAAGCGAAAGCGCGUCAGAAGCCGAUCCUGGAAGCGGCAGCUCGCGGUGACUCGGAGAUACAGCGGUUCUUCAGCGGCACGACGGCCCUCGUCACUGGAGGCACCGGCUUUCUCGGGAAACUGCUCAUCGAGAAACUGAUCAGAUCUUGUGAUGUAAAAAAGAUUUACGUCAUAUCAAGAGCGAAAAAGGGAAUGUCAAGUAAAGAUAGAAUCAGUGCUUUACUAAAAGAUUGUGUAUUUGAUACCCUUCGCGAAGCAAAUCCAGAUUUUGGGAAUAAAAUAGAACCAGUCGAAGGAGAUGUGGCCGAAUUACAACUCGGCCUUAGCGUCCAAAGUUGGGACACCAUAGCCAAAAAGGUUGAUGUUAUAUUCCACAUGGCAGCUACCACUAGAUUCGAUGAAACUUUACGUCAAGCAACUCUGAUCAAUGUGCGUGGUACCAGAGAAAUACUUGCUCUAGCCAAGCAAUGUAAAAAUCUAAGGUCAUUCGUGUACGUAUCGACAGCAUAUUGUCAGGCGACUCGAGACAGAAUCAAAUCAGAAGUGUUGGAGCACAUCUACCCCAGCCCAAUAUACCCGGAUGCAUUGAUAGGCAUGGCAGAGAGUAUGGGGGAUGAGAGGCUGGUCUCGAUCACGAAGGAGUUAAUUGACGGUUGGCCGAACACUUACACGUUCACAAAAGCAGUGGCGGAGGAACUUGUACGCAGCAACAUCGGAGAUCUACCAGCUUGUGUAGUAAGGCCGCCUGUUGUUUUAGGUGCGUAUACUGAACCAUCGCCCGGAUGGAUUGACCCGUCCUGCGUCUACGGAGUCACUGGGUGGCUCCUAACCGCUUUAAUUGGAGCAGCCCACGUGGUCCUCAUAGAAAACAUAGACGCAUGCGUAGCGCCAGCUGAUUUCGUCACUAACGCUGUCAUCGCAUCUGCUGUGGAGACUCGCAACAGACACGACAACGACGACAAACAACUGAAAGUCUACACUAUCAGCAGCGGAUCCAGUUUUAAUUUGGUUACUACCAGCAAAAUCAUCCGCUCUGACCGAAUGAAGUCUCUCGUCUCUCCUAAAUCUGUUUGGUAUUGUUGGGGUGUGGAAACCAGCAACAAAUUCAUCUUUUGGCUUCUAUACUGGAUGUUGCACUAUAUACCUGCUUAUAUUGUUGACUCAUUGUUCUUUUUAUUACGACUGAAACUGCCUGAGGGAAUACCUUCGGUUGUGAAAGUAUACACAAAAAUGUACAAGAUGACGUCGAUUCUGUCGUACUUUUUGACGAACGAGUGGACCUUCAAGGAUGACAACACCGUCGCCUUGUACCACAAGCUGUCCAGUACAGAUAAACUCCUGUUCAACUUUAAUAUUAAACCUCUUCUCCUUGAGGACUACUUCAUGACAUAUUGCCUUGGCAUUCGUAAAUACAUCAUCAAAGACAAUUUAAAAAAUACUAAAAAAGGCGUGAGAAUGCAAUUUUGGUUCAAAAUUGCUAAUUUCUUAUACUUUGCUAUGUUUGGCUAUAUUGUAUUUAAAUUUUUCUAUACUUUAUACAACAUAUCCAAUAUACUAUGAUUUAAAUACAUUA